UACUCCCAUUCGAUUGUCGAGGAAGACAGUUUUCGAAUCAUGGCGGCGUCCAAGGAGAAAGAUGGGAGAGCUGGGAAACCAGGUGGAAAGGAAUCUCAACCUUUGAUCAUAGCUAAAACCCCUGCAGAGGAACAGCGUCUGAAGUUGGAGAGACUAAUGCGCAAUCCUGAUAAACCUGCGCCUAUCCCAGACCGACCGAAAGAGUGGAACCCCAGGGCUCCUCCGGAGUUUGUGCGCGAUGUCAUGGGCUCCAGUGCAGGUGCUGGCAGCGGGGAAUUUCAUGUGUACAGACACCUCCGCCGACGAGAGUACCAAAGACAAGACUUCCUGGACAAGAUGACUGAAAAGCAAAGAAAGGAUUUGGAUUAUCUAGACAAGGUUGAGGAAAACAAACUGGCAGCUGAUGAGAGGACAGCCAAACGCAGGAAGAAGAGGGAAAAGCUGAAGCAGAAGAAACUGAUGACAAAGAAAUCAAAGCUGGCAUCUACCCAAGAUGAAGAGAAGACUUCCUCCAGUAGUGAGGAGGAUUUCCAGGAGAAAGAGACUGAAGAUGAUGCAGAGGCACCCAGCUUCGUCAUGGGGAUGCGGUGACCUUUCUGUUCCCAGUUAUGUGACAAGAGCCAGGAUGAAAUUAGAUGCAAUACCGGUCCCGGUAUAAAUAUUCUAAAAUCCGACCUUCCUUCCUCCCUUGAGGAAAUCUCACAUCUAACAAGAUUGAAUCUGUCACUACAGCAGUCAGGAGUUAUUGUUUCCUUGGAAUGCAAGAAAUAAUGCAUUUUAAUGGAAUUCCAACAUUGUCUAAUGACUAAAUUAGCAUAAAUUAUACGUUUUUUUUCUUUAAUCUAAAUUGAUUUCCAACAUUGAUUUUAUACAGUAUGUCAACACCCCUAAGAAAAUCGUUUAAGAGUAUGUUUCAUCAUUGUCUUUAAAUCUUUCUUAAUUUCUUACAAUUUUAAUCUGGAUUGUGUGUGUAUAUAUUCUUUUUGAUAAACUUAUUGUGGAGAAAAGAAAAUGCAUAGAAUUUUGUUUUUUGCCUUAAGAUGGUUUUGGAUGAAUGUGGUAAUAUGAAUUGAUUGGUGGGAUGGAACAUAGAAAUUAAAUACAGUGGCUUCAAAAGUUAUUUGUACCCUUUCACUUUUAGCACAUUUGAUUGUGUUGUAUAUGUAAUUGUAAAUGAAUGAAAUUGGCAUUUGCCCAUUAGUCUACACGUUUUUAGAAUUUUGUGAAUCCAUAAAUCUUAAACGAUCC